AACCCGAAAAGCGCGAUUCAAAAACAGUGACGUCACCGUUCUCCCGUGAUGCUUAGCGAAAGAGGCAUUCAACGCUAGGCGAGAGAAAAGCCCUUCUCUAAAACCUUUUAACGAUACACUAAUUUAACUGUAUUUUUUUAAUAAAAACUGACAUCAGGAAGGAAAAGGCCUCUCUGAGUGUGGGAUCGGCGGACGUUUUCCUAAACGGGACGGUUUCGGUGAGAAAAUUGUGGUAAAAAGUCGCUUCUUACCGGAGAACAGCUGAGCUUGCCCCGUCCAUAAAGCUGCCGUCGACUUCCCUGAGACAUUGGCGUCAACACACCCGUGGACACACCCCUCCAACUAUCAGACACUAUGGAUCAGGACUACGAGUCCAGGCUGCUAAGACAAAUCAACAUCCACAAUGCCAACGCAAGCCCAGUGAAAGCUUAUGGAGGGCUGCGAGCUUUGUCACCAGCCGGCUCCCCACUGUCCUCCCCGAGCAAACACGGCGAUCGCUUCAUUCCUUCGCGGGCCGGAGCCAACUGGAGCGUCAACUUCCACCGCAUUAAUGAAAUUGAGAAGUCACACAAUCAGAACAGGAAAACGAAAGAUGGCACCGCAGACAGUAACAAAGCCGACGGUCUCGCUUACUCUGCACUGCUGAAAAACGAGCUUCUAGGAGCCGGCAUAGACAAAGUCCAGGACCCCCAAUCUGAGGAUCGCCGUCUGCAGCCAUCCACUCCCAUCCGGAGAAGCCUUUUUAACUAUUCUUUAAGUACUAAAAGGUCUCUUGAAGAAGAUGGGAACGCAGUUUCUCCGUAUUCUUUAUCGCCUGUCAGCAGCAACAGCCAAAAACUUUUGCGAUCGCCACGAAAACCCAUGCGCAAGAUUUCCAAAAUACCGUUUAAAGUUCUGGACGCUCCAGAGCUCCAAGAUGACUUCUACCUCAAUCUAGUGGACUGGUCCUCUCUCAACGUCCUCAGCGUGGGAUUGGGCACUUGUGUGUACCUGUGGAGCGCCUGCACCAGCCAGGUGACGCGUUUAUGUGACCUUUCAGUCGAAGGGGAUUCUGUAACGUCGGUGGGCUGGUCAGAGAGGGGCAACCUGGUUGCCGUGGGAACUCAUAAAGGAUACGUGCAGAUAUGGGAUGCCGCUGCAGGGAAGAAGCUGUCUGCUCUUGAGGGACACACGGCUAGAGUGGGUGCCUUGGCAUGGAACGCAGACCAGCUCUCGUCCGGCAGCCGUGACCGGGUCAUUCUGCAGCGGGACAUCAGAGCCCCGCCUCUGCAGUCCGAGCGUAGGCUCCAAGGACACCGGCAGGAAGUGUGCGGCCUUAAGUGGAGCACUGACCAUCAGCUGUUAGCAUCUGGCGGAAACGAUAACAAGUUGCUUGUGUGGAACCACUCCAGCGUCCUCCCGGUGCAGCAGUACACAGAGCACUUGGCUGCGGUGAAGGCCAUCGCAUGGUCCCCGCACCAGCACGGCCUCCUGGCCUCCGGGGGCGGCACGGCAGACCGCUGCAUCCGCUUCUGGAACACUCUGACGGGCCAGCCCCUACAGUGCACCGACACCGGCUCCCAAGUGUGCAACCUGGCCUGGUCCAAGCACACCAAUGAACUGGUCAGCACACACGGUUAUUCCCAGAACCAAAUCCUGGUGUGGAAGUAUCCAUCGCUUACUCAGGUGGCCAAACUUACCGGACACUCCUAUAGAGUUCUCUACCUGGCUAUGUCCCCUGACGGAGAGGCCAUUGUGACGGGAGCAGGAGAUGAAACGCUCCGCUUCUGGAACGUCUUUAGUAAGAUGAGAUCCACAAAGGAGUCCGUCUCAGUACUCAACCUUUUCACCAGGAUCCGAUAGUGAGCACUCUCUCCUCUUCUGUACAGUGGGGAAUGUAAAAAAAAAGAAGAAGAAGAAGGAAACGUUUUAAAAAAUGGAAUUUUCCUGGCAUGAAUCAAGUCCAGGCUUAAAAUAUUCAUCCAUCCUCCCCAGUCCUCAGCUCAUUAAGAUAAAAGCACACUCAGAAUUCAACCCACUACAAUAUCAUCUUUACAAGUUGUGCAUACCUGCCAAAUGUUGAGUUUGUCUUGUUUUAAAUUGUUUUAUUUAUUGUGUUUUGUUUUUUUAAAUAUUUUUCAUCGUUGUUUUUUUGUUUGUUCGUCAUGAUAUAAUUCUUUAUUUGUGUCAUUGCAAUUUAUUUGGGGUUGAAAUCUGUGGAGUUGGGCAUUGGAAGUGCUUACAGGGGAUUGCAGAACGAUAAUGUAAAACAGCAUCAUGAUCGCCUGCAUUAAUAGUGGCUUCACUGCAUAUUUUGUUUUUUCUUUGAUGUAUGCAUGAAGCAAUGAGAGUAUUUUUAAUGGAAACAAAAUCGGUUUCAUUUGAGUAGAAAGCGCAAACCUGGCCCUUUUAAGCCUUGCUUGUGCAGAACACUCAACAACAGGAACAUUAAAACAUUGCCCGUCAUUAUUAACAGCAAUUAAAGCCUUAAAAUAAACGCAAUUAUCUGCGCUUGUGUGCUGUUAUCUGCUAACAGCAUUUUUUUUUUUUUUUUUUUUUUUUUACUCCUUUUGCCUGAUUUGUGCAGGAAUACAUUUCUCCUACUUUCUAUAUCUGCAAUCCCCAUUGUUGUUGUUUUUCAGUUUGGCUGAUAAGUACACUAGUGUGCUGCAUUUACAUAAAUUAUAUUUAUUUGUGUUGUGUACAAAAAAAUGUACAGUAAUAAUGGCAUGACUGGAGGAAAGCAGUUUAACACCACUUAAACGUCAAUACACUUACGCCGACUUGAUUUAUGUUAAAUAAUGUCUAUUUCUCACAGGAGAUAAUAAAAGACAUAUUUUACAUAA